CUGUUUGUCUAGGUUUUUAGCCCGUUUCUUGGCGAAGAUGGCAGCCAACAAUGCAGUGCUGAAGGGUGCAGAGGCCGAUCAAGUUAUCAAAUACCUCAAGCAACAAGUUGCUCUGCUCAAGGAGAAAGCUAUCUUGCAGGCGUCUCUGCGAGAAGAGAAGAAGCUCCGUGUGGAAAAUGCUAAACUGAAGAAGGAAAUUGAAGGGCUGAAACAGGAGCUGAUUGAGGCAGAAAUUCGAAACAGAGUGAAACAGGUCGCAGUUCCUCUGGCUACAACCGUUUCUACAGCUUCGCCUUCUGAUGAUGUUGCACAACCCACAGCAGUCUCAUCACCUGCUUCCAAAGACCAGGUUAAAAGUGAAAAUGAAGAAAAGAAAAAGAAGGAAAAAGUAGACAAAAAAGGUGAAAAGAAGGAGAAGAAGCAGCAGCCAGCUGCUGGGAGCAGUGAUGCAAAACCUGUAGAUGUGUCCUGUCUGGAUCUUCGAGUUGGCUGCAUCAUUACUGCCGAGAAGCAUCCGGAUGCAGACACUCUGUAUGUUGAAGAAGUGGAUGUUGGUGAAGGAAGCCCAAGGACUGUUGUCAGCGGGUUAGUGAAACAUGUUCCUCUGGAUCAGAUGCAGAACAGGAUGGCCGUGCUGCUCUGCAACUUGAAGCCUGCGAAGAUGAGAGGAGUUGUAUCUCAAGCAAUGGUGAUGUGUGCCAGCUCCCCCGAAAAAGUGGAAAUUUUGGCUCCCCCACCCGGAGCAGUGCCUGGGGAUAGAAUCACUUUCGAAGGUUUUCCUGGGGAUCCUGAGAAGGAGCUUAAUCCCAAGAAGAAGAUUUGGGAGCAAAUCCAGCCUGAUCUUCACACCAAUGACCAGUGUGUCGCCACGUACAAAGGAGUUCCGUUCGAAGUGAAAGGGAAAGGAGUGUGCAGAGCAGAGACCAUGGCGAACAGCGGCAUUAAAUAAAGGAAGGGUUGUCACAGGCUUUUUCAGGUGUUGAAAUGGAAAGUAAUGCAAACCCAAUAAAAACGUGAA